AUGUCUGAGAGCAAAAGAGCCCCCGGGGCUGCGAACCACAGAAGCCGGGUCAUCAGAGUGACUGUCAAGACCCUCAAGCGCAAGGAGCAAUUUGAGGUGGCCGACAGCACCCGCGUCCAAGAGUUCAAGAAGCUGAUUGCUGACCGCUUCAAGACGCCCCCCGAGCAGCUGUCCCUCAUCUUUGCGGGUGAGAUUCUCAACGACCAGGAUACCCUCGUGCAGCACAAGAUUGGCGACGGGUCCAAAGUCCAUCUCUUCAUCAAGUCUCAGAGGAAGCCCUCAGGCAACCCAGGGGACAAUCCAGCUACGCCCACCGCCUUCUCACAAAUGCCAGCAGCUCGAGAGUUCUCCUCGGAACACAGCCUGGACCUCUCGGAUUGGAGCAGCCAGCCUGAAGACCUGAUGGCCUCCUGCCACGAAAUUGUUGCCCAGACCACGGAGAACCUUUUGCUCCAGAUGGUCACGCUGAACCUGGAUGCCUCUGCCUUGAACAGCAACCCGCUUCUCCUGGGCUUCCUCCUCGGGGUCACCGGCAUGAACGUUCUGGACCUGAAUGCCCAGGAGGUUUCUGACUUUGUCAGUGAGGCCCAGGAGCAGGAUGCGACCCGGCAGGAGCUCAUCAUUGAAAUGAUGCAGCACCCCUUUGUGCAGAACCUCUUUGGGGACCCCGAACAGGUCAGGCAGAUGAUCCUGUCUGUGCCUCAGAUGCAGCAGCUGGCUGAGCAGAACCCAGAGAUCAACCACAUCCUUAACAACUCCGAAUUCCUGCGAGAAAUGAUCGACGUGGCCACCAGCCCAGCUGUGAUGGAUGAGAUCAUCAGGAACCACGACCGAGCCCUGAGCAACCUGGAGAGCACCCCAGGGGGUUACAGCGCCUUGCAACAGCUCUACAACGACAUUGAGGUCCCAAUGCUGAACGCGGUGCAGGCCCAGUUCCAGGGCAGUUCGUUUCCUCCCUCAGACACGAAACCUUCCCCUGGGGGGAUCAGCCCCCUCUCCCGGACAGAGAACAGGGAGCCUCUGCCCAACCCGUGGGCGCCCCAGUCGAACAGCAGUGGUGGUGACAAUAUAUGUAACGGUGACAUCAGCAGUGCCGCCGGUAACAGCGCUGAGCAAGGUUACAUCCUGCUAGCGUUGGGCCCCGGAGUCCGGCCAGGACCUAGCAAGACUGAAAGCAUCCAAAACAUGGUCCAUCAGCUCACGGACAACCUGGAGUUCAUGCAGAACAUCUCCAACGCCCUGGCGAAGCCUAAUGGCCCCACUCAGAUGUUCCUCAGUCACUGCAACUCCCCG